GUCUCUGUUUAGUUCAAAUGUUUCAAGGCAUGACAAUAACAUAUAACUGCUCAUGGGAGAUACAAUUUUUCUUUUUCUAUGCACACCAGUAUUUGAUUAUAUUUUACCAGUAGCUAAAUGUGUGCAUCUCUUUGCAGCUUGUCCACCCGGCUUUUACAAGAUGUCCAGUAGACUCCAGCAUUGUGUCCCCUGUCCUCAGUACAGCUACACUAACCAAGAGUCAUCCACUGUCUGCACCUGUGAAAGAAACUACUUUCGGUCACCCCUGGACUCUCCCUCCACUUCAUGUACACGACCACCAUCAGCUCCAAGAGAUUUGGUUUACAGCAUGAAGCAAACAACAUUGAUUCUGGAAUGGAAUGUUCCGGUGGACACGGGAGGGAGGGGCGAUAUUACCUAUAAUGUCUUCUGUGACAAAUGUUCUGUGGCCUUUCAGCAGUGUGAGGCCUGUGGCAGCAGUGUGGGCUUUGUGCCUCAGCAAACUGGAUUAGUCGAUCGAACUGUUACCUUGGUGAAUUUAUUGCCACAUGUUAACUACACUAUUCGGGUGGAGUCUGUGAAUGGAGUAUCUGAUUUUAGCCUGUAUUCCAACGAGUUUGCUGAAAUGAACGUAUCGACCGGCAAUGCAGGAGAAAGAAGACAUACAGGCACAGCAAAUAUCCUCAUUUCAUUUCCAACCACGUCAUUGCUGCUCUCUGUUUGGACAGUGCCUACGUUGUACCCAACAGCUUUGUCAUUGAUCACUGACAUCCGCGCAGACAAAAUUGACCAGAAAAGAAUUACUUUGUCAUGGCAGGAACCAGCUUUCCCAUUCAUAAACAACACAGAGUAUGAGAUCAAGUACUAUGAAAAGGAUCAAAGGGACCAGAGUUACUCCACAGUGAAAACACCUUUGACCACGGUGACUGUUUAUAAUUUAAAGCCUGGCACUGUUUAUGUGUUCCAGAUCCGAACAUCUUCCUCACAAGACUUUGGGAGCUAUAGCCCUACUAUUGAAGUGGAAACACUUGGAGAAUUGGCUUUGGUUUCAACAGAACAGAAUCCACUCAUUAUCAUAGUAAUUGUUUCUGUGGCUGGAUUUAUUGUGCUGCUGUCUAUGGUGGUUGGACUCAUGAUAUGGAGAAGGCAAUGUGGCUACAGCAAGGCAAGUCAAGAUGGUGAUGAGGAAUUGUAUUUCCACUUCAAAAUUCCCACAAGAAGAACUUACAUAGACCCAGACACUUGUGAAGACCCAAUGCAAGCAGUUCACCUUUUUGCAAAGGAGCUGGACAAUUCCAACAUAAAAAUCGAAAGAAUACUUGGAGCAGGAGAAUAUGGGGAGGUAUGCAAGGGAUGUCUAAAACUUCCAAGUAAGAGAGAACUUCCUGUUGCCAUUCAGACCCUGAGAGUAGGUUGUUCAGAAAAACAGAAGCGAGCAUUUUUGGCUGAAGCUAGUAUAAUGGGUCAAUUUGACCAUCCCAAUAUCAUUCGUCUUGAAGGAGUCAUAACCCGAGGGAACACUAUGAUGACUGUAAUGGAAUAUUUAGGCAAUGGAGUUCUAGAUUCUUUUGUACGAAAGAACGAAGGACAACUGACAGUUCCUCAGCUGAUAGGGAUGCUUACUGGCAUUGCCUCAGGAAUGAAAUAUCUCACAGAAAUGAGUUAUAUACAUAAGUGCCUUGCUGCACAUAAGAUACUAGUAAACUCCAACCUUGUCUGCAAAAUAUCUGGAUUUCGGCAGAUGCAAGAAGAUAAACUAGAUACAAUCUUCUCUACUAUGGGUGGAAAGAGUACAGUUCUAUGGACAGCACCAGAGGCGAUUCAGUAUCAUCGAUACAGUACUGCGAGUGAUGUUUGGAGUUUUGGAAUUGUCAUGUGGGAAGUCAUGUCUUAUGGAGAAAGGCCUUAUUGGGACAUGUCCAAUCAGGAUGUCAUCAAAGCUAUAGAAGAUGGUUUUCGGCUCCCAGCACCAAUCAACUGCGCCCCUUACCUCCAUCAGCUGAUGCUAGAUUGCUGGCAGAAAGACAGAAAUGAAAGACCAAAAUUCACUCAUAUCCACAAUAUCCUAAGUAAACACGGACAGAGUCCUGAUAAAAGUAAAUCUACAACAUCAACAAUAAACAGAUCACAGAGCACAUCCAUCCCAUUAAUUGAAAGAACUUUCACAACGUUCCCCUCCUUCAACUCUGUGGGAGAGUGGCUGGAGGCCAUUGAGAUGGAGAGGUAUAAAGAUAACUUCACUGCUGCAGGAUAUUGCUACUUGGAGUCGGUGGCCAGAAUGACAGUUCAGGAUGUCAUGAGUUUAGGAAUCACCUCUGUGGAGCACCAGAAGACGAUUCUUAGUGGUAUCCAGACCUUGCGGGCCCAGGUUAUACAGAUGCAUGGUAGAGGAGUACAGGUGUGAUAUUGGCAGAAUAUGACCAAGUCUGGAACUCGAAACUCAAAGGAAGAGCAAUGCAGGCCCUCAAAUCUGGUCAACACAUGGGAGCACUCAUGAAAGGCAAAAUCUAAUGAGCGGGUAAAGAAAAAUGGGAUUACAGCCCAAAUCUAUAAAUCCCUGCAAUCAGUGGCAAUAUCACUCAUUGUGGCUGCUGCCAUGCUAUUUUCCAAGGAGGAAGACAGACCAGAUAAAGGCAAAGUUUUUGUACCCCUUCAGGUGGAGGGAGUUGGAUAUGAAUUUAUGAUAUUACUAUUGAGCAGAUGUAGACUGCAUAAUAGGGCAGAUUGUAGUGAUCUUCAGCUCAGUUGUCAGUAAGGUGCAUAGGCAUACAGGGUGAGCAGAAAAACGUGCACUUGUUUUUAUAUGGGGUACAUGUUGUAAUGUUUUGGUGCCAACUACUCCAUGAAGUACUUAUGUAUUUUUCUAACAGCAAUUGUGUAGUAUGGACUCCCAUAAAUUGCUUUUAUUUUUGCAAAAUGUAAAAAAAUGAAAAAAAGACUGUUUUAUACCAGAUACAAGUGUUAAAGUGAUAUGUGUUUGGAGCUGAAAGUCUGUUGUUUUUUGCUUCUCAUACCUUGAUAAGCAUUUUUUCUUUCUGGAAUAACAUAAUUGCAACUCUCUCUCUCUUUCUCUUUGGUGCGAAUGGGAUGAAGAUUUUGUGGUGUAAUUGGUCUCUAAAUUAUUGCUCAGUACAGUGGCAUAACUAGAUUUUACUGGGCCCCACAGCAAAUUAAUUAUAGGGCCCCUUGCUUUAACAAAAAAUAUUGAAAUUGCUCAUUAAUCUGCUUCCUCUAUAGUUAUGCCCCUUGCUCAGUGCAAGCAUCCACUUACUCUCCGGCAAAUGUUCGACGCAGUUUCACAAAAAACAUUUGCGGGCGGCGAAACGUGUAAAUUCACUGCAAAAUCAUGCCUGGCGAAUUUAUUAGCCCAUCACUAGUAAAACCCUCUAAAACAUAACAAGUUCAAUUUUUAUAAGAAAAAAAGCCCAUAAAAGCAUUGUAAUCAGUUCUGACAAAUUGACCCAUUUAAGUUUUUGAUUAGAAAACGAUCCUCAAAAGUUUUAUUACUAAAAUAUAGUUCAGUGCUGGAAAUCCAUCUGGAUUCCACAGUUCUGAUUUUAAUUAAUCUGCCCUAUAUCUGUCUGGCCAGUAAAUGCAAAUAGAAUUAUUAUGUAUCCGAAAUGUUUUCAUCCAACAUGUGUGUAGAGAGCCUAAAUGACAUUUGACCCAUCUUGUUUAUUGCUAUGCAAAGUGUGUCUUGCAUUCCAAAUGGCUACCUCCCCUUCUGCAAACGAGUUCAUUUAUAUAAAUAUUAUUUGACACAUCUGCUUUAAACACAAGUUUUACAAUACUGAGGCAAUAAUACAUUAUAUUUAAAUGUAUAUAAAGCCCCUUCUUUUUUUGUGUUAUUGACCCUGAAACAAUAGCAGUUUUAUAUCAGUCUAUCAUGAGAGAUGUUUGAGCUUUAGCAUAACUAGAUCUAACUCUUUUUUUUGCACUGUAAAGUGUGUAAUUUAUUAUAUUACAGGCACACA